AUGUGGCCGCUGCCGUGGGUGCUCGCGCUGGCCGCUGCGGGCCUGGCGGCCGUCUCGCCGACUCCGCCCCCGCCACCCCCGCACUGCCGGCUGUCCGAGUUCCCGUGUGGAGGCGGCGGCGGUGGCGGCCCUUGCGUCGCCCUCGACAGGUUCUGCGACGGCGCAGACGACUGCGGCGACAAGUCGGACGAGCCGCGCUACUGCUCCCCGUGCAACAGGACGUACUACGGCGACGUCGGCCGCACGUACGAGCUGGAAGUGCGGCGGCCGCGGGAGGACCGCCUGCCGUUCCUCUGCCACCUCAACUUCACGGCCGCCGGCGGAGACUACGGGGACAUCGUGCAGCUGACGUUCGACACGUUCACGGUGGGCAAGUUCGUGUCGUUCACGAGCGACGGCUGCCCGGACGGCCACAUGAGCAUCCGGGAGGCGGGCCGGCCCUCGACGGGCGGGCAGUGGUGCGGCAGCGCCUGGGGCUACACCGUCUACUACAGCGAGACGCCCUCCAUCAACCUCACCCUGCAGCUGUACAGGCUCUCGGAGCAGGGUAUCGGCUACAACUUCGACUUCAAGUUGUCGUACAAGCUGCUGCGGGCGGGUGAGGCCAGCGUGCGGUACGGCAACAGCAGCAGCGGCGGCGCCAGUGGCAGCGGUAACGGCGUGCCGGCGUGGCGCGGCGACCUGGUGCCCGGCUCGUACUGCGACCGCGUGCUGGAGCGCUGCGACGCGCGCGCCUGCCGCGUGCAGUCGCCCAACUACCCGGGCGUGUACCCGCGCAACGCCACCUGCUACUACCGCGUGGAGCAGCGGCCCGUGCCCAGCGGCCGGCACGCGCUCAUCGCCGUCAGCCAGCGCCACUCGCACAAGGUGCACAUCAAGGACCAGGUCGCCGAGUACGACCGCACGCAGCGCGUGCUCAGGGUGUGGGACCAGUGCAACGUGGUGCAGGACUACCUGACGGUCUACGACGGCUCGUCGACGACGGACCCGGUGCUGGUGCGCCUGUGCGGCGGCGACGCGGUGCCCGACAUCGUCAGCAGCGGGCCCAACAUGCUGCUCGAGUUCCACACCUCGCCCUACGACAACCCCUUCCACCCCGUGCCGCUCAGCUACCUGCCCGGCUUCGAACUGGACGUGCAGGUGGUGCUGGUGGAUGCCCGGUCGCAUAGCUACGUGCGCGACCACGCCCACUGCGAGUUCCUGCUGACGAGCUUCGACGCGCCGUGGGGCGAGGUGGAGAGCCCGCAGCACUCGCUGCCGCCCAACACGACGUGCCGCUACCACUUCCAGGGCCGGCGUCACGAGACGGUGUGGCUGUCGUUCCUCAAGUUCCACCGCGCCGACUGGGACACGGGGGCGGCGGUGGCGGGCUGCGUGCGCCUGUGGGACGGCCGGCUCGACCCGGUGACCAACAGCAGCGGCGGGGGCGGCGCGGGGGCGGUGCAGCUGCUGGGCGAGUUCUGCAAGGAGGAGGCGCCGCGCCUCUGCGACCACAGCCUGCUCAGCAACAGCACGCGCCACACGCGGCCCUGCGCGCUGCCCGAGAGCUACGUGUCGUCGGGCCCGGAGCUGACGCUCGACACGUUCCAGGCGAGCGCGCUCUUCCCGCUGUCGUUCCUGCUGCGCUACGAGUUCGUCGACACGUCGCUGGAGGGCGCGCCCGCCGCCGGCGCCGAGGCCGGACCCUGCGACCGCGUCUUCCGCUCGUCGCCGCUGUCGCCGCGCGCCGGCCGCUUCCAGUCGCCGCGCAGCGUCUUCCUGUACGGCCGCGGCGGCGCGCACAACCUCAGCUGCGUGCUGCGCUUCGAGGCGGCGCCGGGCGAGCGCGUGCGCCUCACGCUGGCGCGCGCCAGGUUCGGCGAGCGCGCCUGCCACUCGCGCCGCGACCCGCGCACCGGCCGCUGGCGCUGCGCCAGGCCGGCUCCAGCUGGAGGCCGCGCGGCCCGCGCCGCUGCCGCCGCCGCCGCCGCCGUCGCCGAGCUCUGGGUGUCCGAGUACCCGUGGCCCGGCGUCCAGCUGCCCAGGGACUGUAUCUGCUCCAGGCUGUCGGAGCCGCUGCCGAUGCAGACGCUCUCCUCUUCCGUCGUGGAGGUCAAUUUCACGGUCACCUUCAUGAACAUCACACAGGACUUUAGCGACUUCAACUUCGAAGGCGAAUACCAGUUCGUGUCGGCUGCCGAAGUGGGAGAUGGCUUGUCGUGCCUUGCGACAAGAGAAGAUAGGAGGUUGCGCGGCUCCAGCGGCGAGAUCACGCUGCGCAGCCCCGCGGCCCAGCAGCAGCAGGCCAAGGCGGCGGCGGAGGGUGCUUCCAGCAGCGCGCUGCUGUCCGGGGACGACACCGGCCUCGGCUGCGUCAGCCACCCCUGGCUCAUCGAGCCGGAGGACUCGGCCAACAGCUUCCUCUACCUCAAGAUCCGCGGCUUCGAGCUGCCCUACAACGCUCGGGAGGAUGCCUGCCCCACGCUCAAUCGCAUCGUCGUUUAUUCUGGCGUCGAUACUCGCGACCCUAAGGUGGUGUGUCCGGUGGAGGCGGCGGGCGGCCGGCGUGAGCUGCAGGUGUUCUCGGAAGGCUGGGAGCGGUCGUCGACGCCGCUGCUGCUGGCGCCGCACGCGCGCAGCUUCAUCGUAGAGUUCCUGGAGCGACAGCCCGGCAGCUACGCCGUCACAUGGAUGGAGGUGUCGCGCCGACCACUCCUCUCCGCUUCCAGCUACUUCGUCAUGUCCGUCGCUGCCCCAGAAUGUCCCUACAGGUGUCCGGAGCUGAACGCGUGCAUCAGCGCGGCGCUGUGGUGCGACGGCGCGCGCCACUGCCCGUCCGGCUUCGACGAGGACGACGCCAACUGCGCGUACCAGCUGGCGGUGCCGGCGCUGUACGUGGCGAUCGGCGCCGCGGCGCUGGCCGUGCUGCUGCUGCUGGUCAGCGUCACCGUCUGCGUCAAGCUGGCGCAGCGCCGGCGCGCCGCCGAGCGCGACAAGAAGGUGGCGGCGGCGGCGGCGGCGGCGGCCGCCGCGGCGGCGGCGGCGGGCAACGGCGCGCGACAGCUGCAGCACAACGGCGACAGCAAGCGGUUCGCCGAGUCGCUCUUCCUCGACGCCAAGGACUCCCUGUGUUGACAAAACGUCGUUGCCAUGGAGACAACCGUGUGACGCCCGACCGUCUCCAGGCAAUGCUCGCCCCGCCACAAGAGGAAGGGCAGCCGCGCGCCGCGGGUGCGCUUCGCCGAGUCGCCGCCGGCGCCACGCCUGUUCCCCGCGGCCGAGCGGCAGGUGCUCUUCUACUGAACCCCAGGGCGUCGCCUCGCACACACGUGUGUGUGUGUGUACAGUCCCUCACAAACGGCCAGUAACGUAUCCCGAGACUGACAUUCACCGAGUUUAAAGCGUACGCUAACCGUAUUUACUUGCAAAAACAGCGCGACAGUGCGGUGUUUGUCGCGAUUGCGCACGUGAGCUGUUUUAACGGACGAAUACUUACAGCUGGCUGUGCAGCCUAUCUGGUAUUCCAUGAACGGUCAUAAGAAACAGUUCUGCUUCCCGAUACCGGUGGAAUCGUGACACAGCGAGUGUGUAAGAAGUGGCAUGGCAGUCAGUGAUCCUAGAAGAGUAAUUCCCGUAACGCGAGAAAAAAAUAAAUUCUCCGGUUGUAUACGAUGUGAACCCAAACUGCACCGGCAAAAUUCCGGAGGUUGUUAUGGGAUGUUACUUGAGUAUUGCGGUAUAAGGGAUCCGACGUGUCCGGUGAAUCGUAAUUGUCUGUAAACUGAAAAGAGAGAGGUAAUUCCCCUCUCUCUCUAUCCAGCAACGUCACAAGGAACAGCUCCAGACUCUUUCUCAAUGUUAUAUCGGCCUUUCCGCAGCGCGGUUUUUGAAUCAGUGGCUACGCACUGCUUUGACGUGCUGGCGAUGCUUUAUUGUCCACUAAAUGUGCUAACUAUGCGUGCAACAUAGUAACUAGAAACUAAUAUAAUGAGCGCCAAAAACGCGCGUCAGCCGAAUCUCCGUAAAUCAACCUAGGCUACAUUGCACUACUUGACAGAAAAAUGGUUCUUUUUUUUAUUUUUUUAUUUCAGUUCGGGCCCAUACAACCAUUGCAACAGUGAAAAGUCGAUGCGACUGUGGUUAAUACGAUUUUCGUGUCAGUAAUGAUGACACGAAUGUGAGGACAACACAACGCUCAGUCCCGGAGUGGAAAAGUUCUGCGACCCGGCCGGAAAAACAAAUUCUUAGUCAUAGUGUAUGAAAGGCAAGGCGUUCUACCAGGAAAUGCCACUUCCCCAACCACAACUGCCGCUUCUACUUCAGUUUACAUUCAAACUAUACGCAGUAAUUGCAUUUUGUUUGAUUUAUUAUUACCUUAUACCCUUGUGUCUAUACUGCACGGAAAAAUAGACGCAUAACGGUGCAAAUGUCGUCGCUAUGUCUACGAGCAAACUUCUCCCAUUCCCUCUUGGUACACGCUGUUGAAAACAGUAAUUCCCACAUUACUCUUCGCCCUCAACUUGCUUUCAAUACUGCGCGCGUCUGUCUCGGCGCGCUAGCUACACGUUUUUCUUCGUUUCCCAGAGCAGAAAAAAUUGGCUACCUGACUGGGAAUCCAACCCGAGCCUUUUCGGAUAGCAAUUCGUCGCUCAUAUCUUGCAGUUCCCGAAGAGUACCAGCUGUACGCUAACAGUGGUGCACACCAAUGAGGGUAAGUUUUCUGGUGAAGUUGGCCUAUGUCCACCCCGCGGGUUGCUUCAAGGCGGUGGAAGAGCUGAACUGUUCCCACGGCAAAGGCAAGUAGGCAAACAUCGCAACACUUUUGCAUCAGUACAUAGGCAUUUGUGUAACGUGUCGUGCAUUUUGGCUUCCACAUUAUUGUGAGGACUGUCACAGGAACAAAUGCAGUUUGAGUAACAAAUCAAUCGUAAUUACAUUUUUACUGUCCGCCUAGAUAGCUGAGGUAUCAUAUUUUGCCGGCACCGUAGCUCAGCGUGUUCUGUCAGAGGGUUAGCUGCUCUCUGUAAUAAAAAAACUGUGUUCACGGAUGAACGAUGAACUUGACCAAGCGUCAUGGGAAGUUAGCCCCGAACAAAUAGAACGAACAAUCACGAACAAGAUGAGGAAAAAAAGUGGUUAGCGUGUCGGAAUCCCAUGCCAAGGGCACCGGGUUCGAUUCCCUGCUGGGCUGGAGAUUUUUCCCCACUCUGGGACUGGGUGUUGUGUUGUCUUCAUCAUCAUUUCACCCCAUCGACGCGCAAGUCGCCGAAGUCGCGUCAACUAAAUAGACUUGCACCAGGCGACGAGUCUACCCGACGGGAGGCCCUAGCCACAAGACAUUUCAUUUCAUUUUUUUCAUUUUUACUGUGUAAAAAGCCUCCGCAGGCCACCGUUCGAGAAACCUGAAAUUCAGAAAAUGUCCCUGAACAACCUCCGAAAUUCUGUUGGUGACCUUCGGACUUAGAAUGUAUUUUGUGAAAUGCUUGAUCUCAUUCGUUAUAAGGUACCAACGUUAGAUGGCCUGGAAGCAAAUAACACCACCAGUGGCAGCUGUAUUUUGUGUAUCUCCACAACGCUAGGCUCGUAACCAAUUGAAAUUGACCCUGGGCUGAAACGGGACGUGUCAUUUGAAAGUAAAAUAGCAACUGCUGCUAUUGCUUAUUUUCAGUUAUUAUUACAGUUGCCGACAGUGGACCACAAUGUUCGAUAUGCUGGACAAAAGAAGAUGAGGUGUGCACGGGAACCUCAAAUUUUGGUAACUACUUCAGAAAGUUACUUGCUGUAGAAAUGAUUCUGGAGACACUAUUUGUAAAAACUGAACGUCGGCAUAAAAACUAAUUUUAAUAAGGAAUUUCACUAAGUCUCCGAAUGUUGCAAAAAAUCCAAUUGCUAAACCAUUACAAGUUUCAGGUCAUAAAAUGACUAUGCUACAUAAAGGAUGUUGUGAAGAAAUAUUUAACAUUUUUUUCGGCCGUGUGCUAUUAGACGUUAAAUAAGGCAUUUGAAUAAGUGGCGUUCAUGUUUUACUAACAACCUCCGAGCACAUUCUCUGCAAUUCUUAAACUAUGUCCCUAGAUCACUGUGCUCUUGACAAUCGAGUAUAUUUUAUUCCGAGUAUAAACGUUGCACAAGAUAACUGGAUAUGCGAGGUUGUUACAUGAUGAAGAGACGUCAAUUACAACAUCAGAUUCCUAGGCAAAGAGUACUUACAACGGAAGACAACUGACUUUAUAAACUGAUGAAGCUGAAAUACUACUCAGUACUUCUCAGUGAAUGUCCUAUAAAGAGCAAGUUGAAAGUAGUAACAAUAAGACGUAUUUUCAUGGGAAUGAUACGUUAUCUUUCUUGACUGAGAUGUAUUACUUAUUUUCUGGUGCUAUGCAACCCAUAUAUAUUACCUCAAAACAUAUUUGUGUAAUGGAGGUGACUAUUUCAUCAGUGUUGGAACGUGGAAGGACUGAAGACGAAGCUAAGGUGAAAUGAAUCCGGUGCAGAAGUCAAGGUCAUGUAGACCAUAAGACUGCUGUUAAUUUAUUUUGUGAUCUAGGGGGGAUCUGUAAAUUGGUUUCUGUUAUCUUUCAACUGACAACUCAAUGUCGCUUGUGAUGCUAUGAGUGCAUAUUUUAUACGGAUGCGUUUUGUGAGACUGCAAUGAAAUGUGUUGAGUA